ACUGCAAAUAUGGCCAAUUCUUAUGAUGGACCCCGUUUGGAGCUGGAAUAUAUCGUAGGAUAUAAUGGCAUUCCAAAUGGCCUCAAAGUUCAUCCUGACAGACAACAUCUCAUCUACUCACUUGGGAACACCGUCAUCAUCGAAAACAUUGAAACAAAAAAACAGCAGACUUUAAUGGGACAUUCAUUAGAUGUAUCCUGCAUUACUGUUUCCAACACUGGCAAAUACAUUGCUUCCGGCCAAGUCACUCAUAUGGGGUUCAAAGCUGAUAUAAUCAUAUGGAAUUAUGAAAAAAGGGAGCUUUAUAAACGAUUACAACUCCACAAAGUGAAAAUUGAAGCUUUGGUAUUUUCACCAAAAGACACCUUCCUCCUUUCCUUAGGAGGACAAGAUGAUGGAUCAGUGGUGGUAUGGGACGUUAAAACCAAAACUUCAAUCUGUGGUUCACCAGCUCAACUUGAAAGUGCAGGAAACACUAUGUGUGUUGCAUAUCAUGAAACAGACGAAUACAAAUUCUUCACCGGUGGAGAUUGUACACUGAGAGUUUGGGAACUGGAUGUGGAAAACAGGAAAAUAAAGCCGACAGAUGUCGCCAUGGGUCAAUACGUCAGGAUCUGUAAAUGUAUAGAGAUGAAAGGUAACUAUUUGCUGUGUGGUACCACCACAGGUGACAUUCUCGGUGUAAAUGUAGAAACAAAACUCUUCCAAUUUCAUGGUCCGGGGGGGACAAACUGUAAAAAACAGAAAAACUUUGGUUGCGGAGUUACUGCCCUUGCUCACCUCCACGACAAGCAAAUGAUGUUGAUAGGAUCUGGAGAGGGAGAAGUCGCAUUAGUGGCGUACAACCGUAACAAGAAAAAUGAAUGGGUGUUUGAAAAGAAGAGGUCUUGGUUUGAUGAAAAUUAUAAGAAAGAAAACGUUUCUGUGGCAGCCAUCGCCUUGAGAGGACAAGGUCAGCAGUUUUUUGUUGGAAUGACAAACUCCCAGAUCUACAGGUUCAAUUUUGCAGACUUCUCAUGUGAGCUUAUAAAAACAGCCCACAACAAAUCAGUCACAGAUAUUAGUUUCUCACCCUUAAUGAAUGACGCCUUCAUGACAUCCCAGUUAGGACAGAUCCGAUUCUGGCUGCUGAAGAAUGGCCGAGAGCUUUGGAGGCACACAGAAGCCAACAUCACCUGUACCACAGUCAUUUUAACACCAAAUGGCCAAGAGCUGUUUACUGCAUGGGAUGAUGGAAAAAUCAGGGGUUAUGGUCAUAACAAAAAUGGCUUUUGCCUCAAGUUUACAAUAGAGGAUGCCCACAGUAAUGGAGUGACUGCCCUGGCCUAUACUUCUGAACGUAAGCAUCGUAUCAUUAGUGGGGGCGGAGAAGGUCAAGUCCGUGUAUGGAGCGUCUCAGAAGACAACAAAACAUACUCCUUGAAGGAAAAUAUGAAGGAGCACAGAGGGUCUGUCUCGGACAUCAAGAUCAGCCAGGAUGAAAAGACCUGUGUGUCAUCCAGCCAUGAUGGAACAACCAUCAUCUGGGACAUGAAGACGCAUAAACGUUCCCAGAUUGUAUUUGCAACCACUUUGUUCAAGUGUGUAGUGUAUAACAGAGAGGGAAACCAAAUUGUGACAGGCGGUACGGACAAAAAGCUAGUCUACUGGGACGUCAUCGAUGGUGCAAAGAUUCGUGAAAAUGACGGAUCAGAAAGUGGCUCAAUCAAUGCUAUGGACAUCUCAGAAGAUGGCAGCCUCAUUGCUACUGGUGGUGAUGACAAAAUCUUGAAGCUGUGGGAUUACAAAAAAGGAAAAGUGAUAUCAGUAGGACUUGGACACAGUGGAAAUAUCCAGAGAAUCAAGAUUUCACCUAAAAACACCCAUAUCGUCAGUGUCAGUGAAGAUGGUGCCAUCCUGGUCUGGAAGUUCCCACAACAUCUUGUCAGUAAUCAACAACAUAGAGAGUUCUUGUCAUAAACUACCAAAUUAGGAAAAAAAAGAAAUCCUACCAAAAAAAGGAUGAAGAUGCAGAUGGAAAUUAAUCAUUUCUGAGAACAUUGACAUCGAAAGGGAGAAGAUAUUAAAACUCACAAAUUAGAAAUGAAUAAGUCAUGGAA